AUGUCAUCAGCAACAGCAAAUGGUAUCCAUCUUCCUCAAACCAAUGGUCAUAAUAAUUCUCAACAAGAUCCAAAUAAUUUUAAUAUUGAUCAAUUAGCAGUAGAUCUUGAUUUAGCUGGUCAAGAUGAAUGUAAUUCAUCAGCACGUAUGUUCGAACGAACACGUAUCCAAGCCUUAGCUGAUGAACGUGGCCAUGUGCAAAAGAAAACAUUUACAAAAUGGGUUAAUUCACAUUUAACUCGUGUUGGUUGUCGAGUAACUGAUUUAUAUACUGAUCUAGGCGAUGGACGAAAUCUAAUUCGUUUAUUAGAAAUAUUAAGUGGCGAACGUUUACCUAAAGCAACACGAGGAAAAAUGCGUAUUCAUUGUUUAGAAAAUGUCGAUAAAGCUAUUAUGUUCUUACAAGAACAACAUGUUCAUUUGGAAAAUAUUGGCGCUCACGAUAUUGUCGAUGGUAAUUCAUCGUUAAUACUUGGUCUUAUAUGGACAAUAAUUUUACGUUUUCAAAUUCAAGAUAUAACUAUUGAAGAAUAUGAAUCAACCGAAACAAAAUCAGCUAAAGAUGCAUUAUUACUCUGGUGUCAAAUGAAAACAGCUGAUUAUUCAAAUAUAAAUGUAAGAAA